AUGGCCAAAUGCGUCUCGAUUGCCGGCAUUGACAAAGCCGAUCUCACCUAUGCUCUCUGGCAGCGCUCGAGUGUAGCAAUGUGGUUCACCCUCAAUGGUAGAACCCCGCCUACUUUGACCAGGGAUGAAGCGCAAACCAUGGGCCAAGAUUACGACUAG